CGGCUAGAUGGUGUCUGAAAUUAGUCCGUCCUCGGUCGGCAAAAUAUGUGAACUAGAUCGAAUUCAUCAACAGUCAAAAUGACGGAAUACUGGAAAUCAUUGCCGAAAAAGUACUGCGAUUUUUGCAAAUGUUGGAUCACAGAUAACAAAGCGAGUGUUCAGUUUCAUGAACGAGGUGAAGGACACAAGGCCCAGGUGGCUCGCCGGCUGACCGAGCUUACCAGGAAGGGUGAGAUUGAAUAUAGACAACAGCAGCAAGUCAACACAGAUCUCCAACGAAUGGAGGAAGCCGCUCUGAGGGCAUAUCACAAAGAUUUGACCAGUAAUCCAGAUCUCAGUGCAAGGAGCAUGGCAAGUCAACACUCCCAUGUAGCAAAAGUAAUUGAAAAAGCUGCUGCCAACCCCAAAAGUCUGAUGUCUGGAGAAGCUGCAGCACUCCAAGCUGCAGCUAAUUUUGUUGGUUGUGGCCCAGGUCCUUCGAUGCCUCUUUUACCAGCUCCCAAAGUUUGGCAUGAAGCUCUAUCCCCUGAAGGAUAUUCUUACUACUGGAAUGUGGAGACAAAUGAAACAUGUUGGGAGGCGCCUGCUGAAGGCUUUGUAACACUUAUGGAGCAACAGCUGGAGGAACUCAAGAAUGCAACAACUGACACUAAGGAAACGUCGGCUGAACCGGUCAUUACUAAGAAGAAGAAGAAAAAGAAGAAGAAGAAGGAAAUGGAAGAAGAAUUCUAUGAAGAUUAUGAAGAAGAAUUUCAAGGAGAAGAAGAAGCGGCAGCAGAGUCCGCUGCAGCCAACCCUUACGGACAAUGGGAAACUGUCCAAAAAGCAGCUGAACCUGCCCCACCUGUCAACUUACAGUUACCGAAAAUCAAUUUCUCGAAUGCUGCAAAAGCCGCAGCAGCCAUUGUUGUUCCGGCAGAGCCCAGAAUUCGAUUUACUGAGAAAACUGCUGCUCCAUCCUCUUCCGGAUUAAUAGGCUCUUUAAUAAAGCGAGAGCCGGGCGAGUCGGAAUUCAAAAAAAGGAAAAUUGGCGAAGAGGGUGUCAAGAAGAAUUUGCGAACAAGAGAAUCAAAUGACGAAUGAUUAUAAAAAAAUUAAUCGCUCUACAUCGCUGUGUCGUUUUAAUCAUGCCAAUAACGUGUUCUAUACAAUCUUUUUCGUAUGUUUA